GCCACGCUAUCUCCUUGAGCAGAGGUUUUGGAAAAAAUACCUAUGUUCUCACGAGGUGCCUUUCACGAGCAUAGCACACGAGCGUGCAAUGGUUUUUCUCUUCUCGUAUGCAGCGCUCAUGAUGCAUGAGAGCGACUUCCAUAUUGCGAAGGAGAUACACCUCAUCCCUGAAGAGGUGCAGUGGCCGGCGUGGAGGGUUGCCAUUAGACAGCUAUUGGACGGUCCUUCCAUCUACUCCCGCAUCGACCCACGUUUCCACUAUGGGGAGCUCCGCCUCAGCCGGCUUAACAAGAUCUACUUCUUCUGGCAGAAACCGCUCUACGGCUACACGUCUCGCUAGAACCAGUAC